CGUGGUGGCCAGGGCCAUCUCCCGCGUGCUGCGCAACCUCCCCUUCAUCGCCGCGGGACCUCGGCAAGGACCCGUGGGCGCGGCCGGCCGAGGGCUCCGGCUGCCUGCCGCGGGCCUUCGACGUCCCCAUACUGCUCGGCGCGCUGGCGUGGUCGCUGCUCGUGAGGAUCUUCACCUUCCUAUCGCUCUACGUCAUCCCGUUUGUGGAGAUCGUUGAGAUCUUCUUUGGGAAGAACAUGCGCGAGUAUUUCUGCUCCCGUCAUCAUGAAUGGGAGCUCUCGAUGGGCGACGACCUGGCAGGACCAGAGCUCAUGUCCCAGAACAUGCUCCUAGACCUGUGCACUCUGCCGCUGCAGCUGUUCUUUCUGGCGCUUGUGGUUGCUAUUGCGCUUCGCGUGCUCACAGCACUGAAAUGUUUUGGCAAGCAUGGAAGCAUUGGGGACUUAUGGCUGCACGGUUGUUCUGCAGCUGUUGCGAGGCUAGCUGCCCUGAUGGCCGUACUUGUGAUUAUCGUAGGCACUACGACCUUCUUUGAGAAGUGGGCCACCGAAAUGCAUGUUCACAAGGGGAGGGGGGCUUGUGCAGCAUACACCGCGCACGUGGAGAAGGUGCGCCAGAAUUGCAGCAGCCUGAACGGGCGAUGGCUGUCGUGGGCGUCGCGGUACCACGAGGUUGAAUUCUAUGAAGUUGCGAGGGGGCACGGUUCGCAUCAACGGAACGGUUCUGUUAUCUUUCCAAGUAUCGUUCACAAUUUGAAGCGCAUGAACAGCACCAUUGCAGAGGGGGUUACCCGUGGGGCAGAGGACUUAGCGCGUACACUAAGCGAUUCGCUCAUUCCUGCAACCUGGACGCUCUUGAUGGUUGCGAUUCUGGGUACGUUGAUGUUCGUACCUUUCUUCCCGAGCACGAUAGCAACGAUCGUGAUGUUGGUGUUGCCCAUCAUGGUUUCGGCUCUGUUUGGAAGCAUCGUUCAGUGGAGGGUCUUCGGUACCCUACGGAGGAUACAGCUUCUUGCCUGGAACCAUGCUUAUUACAGAAGUGACACGUGGGCCAUGAUGUAUCAAGGCUCCCUGAUCGCUUCCAUGAUUAUUCUGCCGUUCUAUUUAUUUCUUCGAGGCAACAGCCACAAGUUCUACCGACGUAGCCUGCGACGUGCCUUCUUCGCGGGUGGCAAAGAGGUGCCUUGGGGCAGGAUCGCAGACAAUCCGUUUUGCCCGAUGCUCAUCCUGAAUGCCGCGGUCAUAGCGCGGUGGCGGAUAUACCCUGGGAGCGCCCAUCCUGGGGCGGACGAAGGGGAACGGUUGGGAAAGGGGAGUGCGAAGGCUGCUGCACGCAGCUGGCUUCUGCUGCACCUCUGGGCACUUUCCUGGACGAACGGAGGCCUCCAGCGCUGGGAGGCGCCCGGAAGCAGUUGCGUGCAGCGGAUUCGCCCCUUCUCUAUCCCCCCUUUUGUCGCCCACCCCGGCCAUCCGAUCAACCACCUGACGGUCACCCCGUACCACACAGGCGCGGGAGACCCUUGCUCAGACCGCCCGACCGGCCCAGACCUCUGACGUCGUGGCUUUUUUGACUCUGCGCCAAGUUUUCCUCUUCCUCCGCGUGCU